GCGGGUGAUAUUAUUACAAGUUUUUCUUUUCCCAGAACAUCUCCAACAUCCAUAUUGGUAAGUACCUACCCACCCAAGUACCUGUCACCUGCCCACGAUCGUGUACUCUCACAGUAUGAGCUCUACUAUGCAUCUUUUGCAUUGCACCAUGGAGCAAGGCUGAGAGGACUGCUGUGGCUGUAGGUCGCUACUUGUUUAUCAGAUGAUCAUGGCCUUCUUUGUUUUUCAGUUGGAAGAAUGUACACACAAGUUACAUACGCCGCCCAUCCUACUAUGUCUAGUCCUCUGGGAUUAAGGAACCCCUUUAGCUCGCUGGUUGCUCAGCUGUCUCCUUUGGAAUAUCCGAUCGCAGACUGCGUAGGGCGCACUGUAAUUAUUACCGGAGCUAGCAGUGGUUUAGGCCUAGAGACAGCUAGGCAUUUCGUGCGCCUUAGAUCUGAGAAGGUCAUCUUGGGAUGCAGGAAUCUUGCCAAGGGCGAGAUGGCCAAGAAAGACAUCGAGUCUUCGGAGGGCCGGCCAGGCGUGGUGGAGGUUUGGGAAUUGGACCUCGGCUCAUUUGACAGCGUCAAGUCAUUCUGCUAUCGGGCAGAGGGACUUGAUCGCCUUGACAUCGUAAUCGAGAACGCUGGUCUCUCGAGUAAGAACUACGAGGUCCUCGAAGGCUACGAGCGUCAGGUCACCGUCAAUGUCAUCUCAACCUUCCUAAUGGGCGUUAUGCUUUUGCCCAAGCUAAGGAAAAGCGCAACAGAGAAUUCGUAUCCCCAUCUGGUAUUCGUCGCUUCUAAUGCGCAUUUCUACCCGACGUUCGAGGAACGCAAUGCGCCGUCAAUAUUCAACGCCUUAAAGGGGGAUGCCCAAAUGCAGUGGCGCUACCCCGUAACCAAGCUUCUGGUAGUGCUGAUCGCGCGGGAGUUGGCCCGGCAAGUUUCGCUCUCCGGGACACGGGACGUAAUCAUAAAUUUUCUAGAUACGGGGCUUUGCAAGACGAAUCUUUUCCGCGACGAGGUCUUUCCCAUGUCCUGGGCCCUCGCAAUUGCAAUGUUCUUGGUCGGACGUACGUGCGAGAUGGGAUCUCGCGUCAUCCUAUGGGCCGCGCUAGCUGGGGCAGAGACGCACGGAAAAUAUAUCGAAGACUGUCAUGUGAGCUUCGAAAGCCAGUUUGUUCGGAGCGAAGAAGGAAUGAUUUCACAGGUGAAGGCUUACACGGAGCUUCUCGCGAUACUCGAAAGCAUCCAGCCUGGCAUUACGAAAAAUGUUUAAAAAGG